AUGCUCUUUAGCAGGUGGAAGCUGUGUCUGCUUUUGCUCAUGAUCUCCUCACAAGUUUACUCAGCAAGACAUGUAAUAAGUGCUGUUGGUGACUCUGUAAGUCUCAAGAACUCUGAACCCUAUACUGAGCUUUCAGAAGUUUCAUGGUUUUAUAACGAGACCCAGAAAAUCCUAAGAUGGACCAGAGAAGAAGAAACUACAAUUUUUGAAACAAACAUGAAACCACGAAUCUCCUUUGAUGUUAAUAAUAUCACCAUUCAUAUCAAACACGUUCAGAAGGAAGAUAGUAGCAUCUAUAAGCUCCAGACUUUCUCAUUCGAUGCAAGUCAGGAGCACUCAGAGCACAUCAGGCUGGAUGUAUAUGAGCGAUUGACAAAACCAAAAAUUACAGCUAGUCCUAGGUUUGAUGAUAAUGGUACCUGUCUUGUCAACUUGACAUGUUCUGUGGAACAAAUAAGAGAGAAUGCAUCAUACAGCUGGAUGUCCAAGGGACAGGGGGUUUAUGUAUCCACUAGAGGACCUAUCCUCACCUUCAUUUGGAAACCUGGUGACCAUGACCUGAACUACACCUGUACCGCCAAAAACCCUGUCAGCAACAACUCCAGUUCCGUUCUUGCCAAGGAGCUCUGUGCAGGAAAGACAUCUAGAAUGACCCGAGAGUUGCUAGUAAUCAUUCUACCUUCCAUCUUCAGCCUCUUAUUUGCUCUGAAUUGGACCCAAUAACAUUAUUGCCUUGCUGGAAUUUCAAGAGCACAUUUUGCCUUCACUGACCCACAUUAAUUAACAUGCAGAGAAAUUGGAGAAACAAUGAGA